CGGUUAAAUUCAAAAACAAAGUAACUUACACGAACAAACUGGCUAGCUUGCGCAUAAUGGAAACUCGGUUUAAUGAUUUAAAGUGAACGGGGGUUUCAGUACGAACAUCAAUUAUAAGGACAUCUGACGUUAGCUUCUAACGUAUUGCAAGCGACUAUGGAGCCACCGGAGUCCAAAAAUGAAACUGACGAGCUGAAACAACCCACUAAGAAUAAGAGGAGAAUUUCAUCAAUCUUGAAGGCACCUCGGACUCCCCUGAAAUCUAUUGCUGCAGACAAUGAAGACUGUCAGGAGGAGAUUGCCAAACUAACUGAAAAGAAGAGGAACUCUAGGAGAGUCAGUUUUGCCUCAACAAACGAUAUUCAUGUGUUCAUGAAAGAUUUUAAGAAUGGCUCUUCUUUUGAGAAUCUGUUGCACGACCUUUCUGGAACAGGAGAAGACGCACUGGAUAAUACAGGCAUCCACACGGUCAAAGAUGGAGGACAGCAGAUUAUUGGCAUGGAGACCUUGCUGAAUGCCCCCCUUCAUGCUUCACAGCACCAAAAUAAGGAAAACAUAUCUUUCUAUGGAGGACAGAAUGAUUUUUCUGAUAAAACAGUGGUGUUUUCUGAAGAAGAUACAGCCUUCAUGGACAUGACCCACUCUCACACAAUUCUUAUUGAUAAUAAAGGCGAUGGAACUGAUGCAUCAAUGUCUAGCUGUGGAAACCUUGACUAUACUGCUGCCGUGGGAGGAGCGAAGACAACUGUAUUUGACGAUUCAAGGAGGGAAGUCAUAUCAUUCAAGAGUUGUUUAGCAUCAGGGAAAGGCCCGAUCAAAGAAUCUGAGUUGGUCGACUUUCUUGCAAGUCUCUCACAGUCAAGUGGCUCUGGAAGAUUAUCAAGCAGCAUCAAAUCUGCAAGUUCAACAACUCCAUUUGCCGAAGUUCCAUCCCCUGCCCCUAAAGUAAAUGCCAAACAUUUCCUCGCCAGGCUUCAUGCUCAGAGAUCUGCAGUUGAUCAAGAAAACCAAGUUCCAGUUUCUACACGGAAGUCUGCACACCAAGAUGGAUCCUCACUGAAGCAGAGUUGUUGGCUUAAUGACAGAACUAUGAUAUCGGUGGAACAGGAAAACAUGGACUUGACAAAAACCCAUACAGCUAUAAUUGGUGAUGAUGGACUGUUUACGAGCAAAUCAUUUGCAGCAUCUGCGGAACAAGAGGAUAUGGAAAUUACCAAAAGUCAAACUGUGGUUAUCGACUCAAAAACGUGUCACAUGGUGAAUUUCUCAAACAGCACAGUGAGGGGUUUAUCCAUGUUGGCUCCAAACAAAACUGUCUUGUUUUCCGAAGCAGACCAUGACAUGGAGAUGACGGGUCCUUUUACAGGGUACUUUGAAGAAAAGCAGAACCCAGACGAUAUGGAGAUGACUAGAAGCCAAACUGUUGUUAUUGAUUCCAAACAUUGCCGGAUAACCCCUUCACUUGGCAAACCAAGAAGUGUGUCCUGCAUGUUUGCUCCAAACAAAACAGUUUUUUCAGAAGUGGAUCAUGACAUGGAGAUGACUGAUACCUUUACAGGGCACCUUGAGGUAAACAGGCACUCUUCCACCCAAAAAGAUAAAGGAAGUAUGUACAUAUUCCCUGCAAUAAACACAAUUUCUCAUGCGGGUCAGAAUGACUUUACUGAAAGUACAAGUAGUCAGAUGGAUGCUAAUGACUGUAAUAACAGCCUGUGGCCAGCUACACUGUCCAAUCCAGAUGAUAUGGAGAUGACAAGAAGCCAGACUGUGGUUAUUGAUUCCAAACAUUGUCGGAUGACUCCCUCACUUAGCAAACCAAGAACUAUGCCCUUCAUGUUGUCUCCGAACAAAACUGUUAUGUUUUCAGAAGCGGAUCAUGAAAUGGAGAUGACUGAUGCCUUUACUGGGCGCCUUGACGUUAACGAGUACUCUUCCACCCAAGGGCAUGAAACAAGUGUCUCUUCAUUCCCUGCAACAAACACCAUUUUGGGUCAGAAAGACUUUCCCAAAAGGAUAAGUAGCCAGAUUAAUGCUAAUGUCUGCAAUAAGAGUUUAUGGACAACUCCACUGUCAAAUACCGAUGAUAUGGAGAUGACAAGAAGCCAGACUGUGGUUAUCGAUUCAAAAAGUUUUCCAGUGAAAAAUCUGUCCCUCGGCAAAAUUAUAAGUGCAUCCUGCAUGUCUGCUCCAAACAAAACCAUCAUGUAUUCAGAAGACUGCAAUGAAAUGGAGAUGACUGGUGUUUUUACGGGCCACAAUGAGGAAAGCUGGAACCCUUUGACCAAAACAAAUGAAACCUAUAUCAGGUUAUUCCCAACCUCAAAUGCAGUUGAUCACACAUGUAAUACCAAUGAUAUGGAUAUGACUAGAAGCCAAACUGUGGUUAUUGAUUCCAAAAAUUGUCCAAUAAAUCCCUCCUUUGGCAAAACGAGAAGUGUAUCCUGCCUUUCUCCAAACAAAACCAUUAUGUUUUCAGAUGUGGACCAUGACAUGGAGAUGACUGAUGCAUUUACAGGGCACAUUGUAGAAAACCAGAACCGUUCCACCGAAAGACAUGAAAGGAUUAACAUGACAGGUAGCCAGAUAGAUGCUAAUGCUCCUAAUGGCAGUUCAUACUGCUCUUCAUCAAAUCCUGAUGAUAUGGAUAUGACAAGAAGCCAAACUGUGGUUAUUGAUUCAAAAAACUGUCCAACAAAUCCCGCAUUUGAUGAAGUAAGAACCGUAUCUUGCCUGUCUCCUCCAAACAAAACCGUCAUGCUUUCUGAAGUGGGCCAAGACAUGAAGAUAACUGAUGCCUUUGCUGGGCAUAGUGUGGAAAAUACCCAUGUUCGCACCUGCCGGGAUAAAACAGUGGAUCGAUUAUCCGAUACAAGAAAUAAUAAUCAAUGCAGUGGUGUUUUGGAUGCAGUGUCCUCUGAUCCUAAUGACAUGGAAAUGACCAGAAGUCAGACUGUUGUUAUUGACUCCAAAUAUUGUGGACAACCAAACACUUCACUCGGCAUUGUGAGAAAAAGUUUAUCCAGUGUAUUGCCUACGUCUAAAGCCCUCAGGUUUCCUACAGGUUACUGUGGGAUACAGGUUCCCAAUGCUCUUAUAGGACUCGAUAUGGAUAAUAAGAAAUUUCCCACAAAUGGAUGUGGCACAGCAGCCAAGUUGUCCCCCACAAAAAAUAAUAUGACUACUUCUGAUAAGCCGGAGGCUACCGCUGUUUCUGAUCCUGAUGGCAUGGAAAUCCGAAGCGAGAAUGAGUCACAACGUGGCAUAAAGCAAAAUCCUUUACCUGUCACUGCAAAGAUGAAUGUGUAUUGUGAGUCAGAUUCUGACAAGGCACAUAUUUCAUCAGAAGACAAUGGGAUUGAGAUGCCCAAAGCCGUUUUUGGACUCACUGUAACAAGUGGCCAUCCCAUUACAGAUGGUCAUGAGGCAGAAAUGACAUUCCCAUCUGAUGAAGCUAAAUCUACAGAAAUAAGUAUUCAGUUGGCUUCUCCUGGUAGCACUUCCACUUUGGAAGCGCUGUCAUCUGAAGGCAUGGAGAAUGAAAAGAUUCACAGUGUUCAUAUCAAUGAAAAUACACCUGCCCCUACUGAUAGAGUGGAAAGGCAUGUCUACACAUCACCCACAACUGGUACCUUUCCUCCCCCAUCUCUACCUAAUUAUCCAACUGUGGCUGAAGGAAAUGCAGGACAAUGUGACCACGUAGCCUUUGAAGGCACAACCCUCAUUCCUGCUCAUUCAACCAUUCUUGGUGAAACGAGCUGUAAUGCUCCUCCUAUGAAUUAUACAGUGACUUUCAAUGACGAGAGAUCUCACACAGCCAACUCUGAGAACUUACUUAACACUGAUUCCUCCAAAAUAUGCCAUAAUGGAAAAGAAACUGAUAAACAAGCCAAAUCCCGGAGGAUGAGCCUUGCUGAUCUUCAGUCAAAACUUGAGAACAUUGGGCAUAAGAUAACUGAAAGGUUUGAACUCAAGAAAGCUUGCCACACAGCCCCUAUACCUUGGCUGACAACCCCUUCAUCACCUAAGGCUAAAGAUGCAGCUUGCAUUCCAACAGUACCCCUUGGGAUUAAUGACCCUAGUAGCGGUGCAAAUUCAGGCAUGAAAACAGAGAAUUCCAAAUUGGAUAGACAAAUUAACAGGACAGAAAAUGUAAACUUUUCAAAAAGCAAUCCUUGGACCGCCCGGCUGUCUGUUGGUGGUUUUCUGCCAAAGCUGCCCCAGAGGAGCAAGUCGCUCAACCUGAAUCAGGAGGACCCCACAGGGCACCGUAGCAUCAGAAUGUUGCUGAGGGAAAGCAAAGUCUGUGUUGCAGAGAAAGACCAAGACUGUGGCGAGGUUAAGAAUAUCCAUGAAGAAACACUGCCAGAGGUCAGUAGCGAGGAGGAUUUGUCUGAAACGGUUGAAGGCAACAUCCUCAGGGACCAUGACCAGGAGGCUGGUGUGACUCAGGUGGAUGCUGAACCCAUUCAGAAUGCUGCACAAGGUCAGAAGAGACCUUUCCCUGUGGACGGUCAUGAAUGUGACAUGCCAGAAGAAAGGAAGAUGAGAAGCCUUUGCAUUUCCAGCCAUGAACCAGAGCCAUCCGCAAAUGCUGUUCAUUGGGACAGCAAUGUUGUGGAGAUUGUAGGAGAUAACCCCCCUAGCUUUAUGACAAAGACCUUGGACAGCACCAGCUUCAGCACCAGUUCACCAAACCAGAUAUGUGAGGGUACCUUUGAGAUGAGUGCCCACAGAAGCAGUCAGUAUGACAUCCAAUUUGAUGAGCCAGAUAAAAUAAACUUUCGACAGAAACUGGAAGACGGCCGCAUUACCACGAGGGAGUUCCUGAAGCUUUUUGGCAUCGACUUUAACAUCCUCCGACCUCGACAGAGUGUUCUCCCAGAGAACUUUGAGAGUGAUUCAGCACCUAAUACAAGAGCAGUCCUGUUGGAGAAGCACAUUGCUUACCCCAAACAAAGGGUUUAUGAAGAGGACUGUCAGGAGCUUGCAGAGAUGGUGGAGAAAUUGAGAACACGGAUGAGAGACCAAGAGAAAUCUCUUAAAACUACAAAUGAUGCACUUUGGGAACUGGUAAAAGCCUACUCAGAAGAGCAGUUACACAGCUUUGGGACGAAGUUGAAAGAGAGAAAGGUGUACUUUCGAAAGAAAAGCAAAUCUCUCUCCCAUGAAUUGAAAAUUGGCUUGUACUACAAACUAGUGCAAACAACUCAGGUUGCACAACAAAACUUAACUGAGAAGAUUGAGGACAUGGAUGAGUUACUGAAACAUCUUGAUGAAUGUGUGAAUGACUUGCAAGCUGAGUUGUCCUUCUUGGAUUGUGCUGGAGUAGAAGAGGACAGUGCAAACUCUGAAAUGAAACUCACCUUAGAAGUCAAACAACAUGAGCUGGAGUCUCUCAACUUGGUGCUUGCUGACAAUGAGCGGCGAGUGUAUGAACUGGAACUUGAGAAAAACAACGCAAAGGGCAAAGUGAGAAAGCGGCAGGACGAAACUGUGGAGCUGGAAAAGCAGAUUACUGUUCUGGAUGGACUGAUUGAGUGGAGGCUGUCAGAAAAGACGGAUGACAGGGCAGUCUUUACAUUCCUGUAUGACUCCAUGGGCCUGGAGGUGCUGUUUGAAAAACCUGCUGAUGAGGCUGUGACUGGUGCAGAGACUGAGCAGAACGUGGCAGAUAUUACAUUUCAGCUGGAACUGGAUGAUAAAAAUUCACUCUGCUACGCCCAUCUGGUUCACAACCUCCUUGGUCAGUUCAUACAGAAUGAGAGCAGCUGGGUGCAGAGGUAUCCAACAAGUCGGCACAUCCCGGUGCUCCUCCAUGACGUGUCCCUGGUGGUGAGCCGCUGUCGCCUCCUAGGGGAGGAGAUCCACAGUUUGCAGAAGUGGGGUUCUCUCAGGCUUGACAUCCUGGAAAUCGGCUGUGUGGAAACCCAAGUGAGAAUUCUGUUCUCCAGCCUUAAAGCUUUUGCCAAGUUUGAGCUGACACUGGCUGUUAAAAUGGGCUAUCCCUUCACUGGCCUCCAGUUGAUAAACUUCCAAAAUUAUAUUGGAAAUACAAGGAUCAACCAAGUGGAGGGAAUAAUUUCUACAGAAACGCCUGCAAACAACUACUUAACCAGGAUAGUGAAGAGGAUCCACAAUGUUUUGUUGUGCUGAGACAAGCUUUCUGUGUUUAGCCAUCUUCUCUAAUGUAAUACUUCAUGUUUCAAAUUGUUUGUCAUCUGUAUGUGUGGAUAUUUUUCUCUUAAAGUAAUUGUUUUUGCUUGCUUAUUCUAUAUUGUUAAUAUCAAUUCAGUAGCAUGCCUAAUUAGAUCUGCAAAAUGUCGCUUUGACUUAAAUCUUGACUUUCUGGAUAUGUAAAUUUUCUAUGAUUUAAUAAUAAAACACAAAGAACAAUAUAUCAA